AUGGCUUCCAAAAUCCGGACGCUGCGGCUGCGGCCUCUCAAUGCCAAACCAUGCAACCGACUCUACCACUCCUAUGAGCAUCCGCCACCACCCGGCCCGUUCAAUGCUGCCGAGACAUCCAUCCUGACUGCCGCGCUCCCCCAUAUUCCCUCUCACGGCUUCACACAUACCUCACUCGCCCGGGGAGCUAAAGACGCCGGGUAUAUCGAUGCAUCGACCAACCUGUUCCCUAGUGGCGCGUUCAGCCUUGUACAUUACCACCUCUACACCCAGCGCAUGGCACUCGCUCGCCACAAACACAUCCUGGAAGCAUCGGCUGCGGAUGGGAAGCCGCUGGGCGUGGGCGCCAAGGUCAAGGCGUUGACCUGGGAGAGACUGAUGGGGAACAAGGAGAUCAUCCAUCGUUGGCAGGAAGCUUUGGCUCUCCUUGCCCAACCGUCCAAUGUGCCCACCUCCGUUUCUGAACUUGCUUCCCUGUCAGACGAGAUCUGGUUCCUGGCGGGUGAUACCUCGGUCGAUACGAGCUGGUAUACGAAGCGGGCUUCGCUCUCUACUAUCUACGCUGCUACGGAACUCUUCAUGACGACAGACAAAUCAACCGAUUUUGCUGAUACCAAGGAAUUCCUGAACAGAAGGUUCACGGACAGUCAGGUUGUUGGCGGGGCGGUUAGAAGCGUAGGGGAAUGGGUAGGCUUCACUGCACAUGCGGGCCUGAACGUUUUACGGAGCAAAGGUGUAAGAAUAUAA